AAUAUGCCAUUUUUCCGAUGGACGCUUCUCCUCUUGGCUGCUGAUGGAACCGCGGGAAGAUGCCGAGUUACUGCCAAGCCACCAAGCCGGGGCACGUUCCGGGAGGGCGCCGGGGCAAGCGAGUGUCUAAGCUGCCUUUCUCCUCCCGUUGCUAGGGAAAUGGUCCAGGAGUGCCGGGCGUGAGCCUCCUCUCUCGUCGAGCCGGAGACUGCGGUUGUCAUUGAUCAAUUGAAGAAGCAGGACCCGAAAUUACAAACAUUAGCAAUGAUGUGUGAAGUGAUGCCCACGAUUAACGAGGACACCCCAAUGAGCCAAAGGGGGUCCCAAAGCAGCGGCUCGGACUCAGACUCCCAUUUUGAGCAGCUGAUGGUGAAUAUGCUAGAUGAAAGGGAUCGUCUUCUAGACACCCUUCGGGAGACACAAGAAAGUCUCUCACUAGCUCAGCAAAGACUCCAGGAUGUCAUCUAUGACAGAGAUUCACUCCAGAGACAGCUCAAUUCAGCACUGCCACAGGAUAUCGAAUCCCUAGGAGGACUGACUGGUUCUAAGGGGGCUGAUCCACCGGAAUUUGCUGCACUGACAAAAGAAUUAAAUGCUUGCAGGGAACAACUUCUAGAAAAGGAAGAAGAAAUUUCUGAACUUAAAGCUGAAAGAAACAACACAAGACUGUUACUGGAGCAUUUGGAGUGCCUUGUGUCACGACACGAAAGGUCACUAAGAAUGACGGUGGUCAAACGGCAAGCCCAGUCCCCCUCAGGAGUCUCCAGCGAAGUUGAGGUUCUCAAGGCACUGAAAUCUUUGUUUGAGCACCACAAGGCCUUGGAUGAAAAGGUAAGGGAGCGACUGAGGGUUUCUUUAGAAAGAGUCUCUGCACUGGAAGAAGAACUAGCUGCUGCUAAUCAGGAGAUUGUUGCAUUGCGGGAGCAAAAUGUUCAUAUACAAAGAAAAAUGGCAUCUAGUGAGGGAUCCACAGAAUCAGAACAUCUGGAAGGAAUGGACCCAGGCCAGAAAGUUCAUGAAAAGCGGUUGUCCAAUGGUUCUAUAGAUUCCACUGAUGAAACUAGUCAAAUUGUUGAACUACAAGAAUUGCUUGAAAAGCAAAAUUAUGAAAUGGCCCAAAUGAAAGAACGUCUAGCAGCUCUGUCUUCUCGAGUGGGAGAGGUGGAACAGGAGGCAGAGACAGCAAGAAAGGAUCUCAUCAAAACAGAAGAAAUGAACACUAAAUAUCAAAGGGACAUUAGAGAGGCUAUGGCACAGAAAGAAGAUAUGGAAGAAAGAAUCACAACCCUUGAGAAGCGUUACCUCAGUGCUCAGAGAGAAUCUACCUCCAUCCAUGACAUGAAUGAUAAGCUAGAAAAUGAGUUGGCAAAUAAAGAGGCCAUCCUACGGCAGAUGGAAGAAAAGAACAGACAAUUGCAAGAGCGCCUUGAGCUGGCUGAGCAAAAGUUGCAGCAGACUAUGAGGAAAGCUGAGACCCUACCUGAAGUAGAGGCCGAAUUGGCUCAGAGAAUUGCUGCCUUGACAAAGGCUGAAGAGAGACAUGGAAAUAUUGAAGAACGCAUGCGACAUCUAGAAGGACAACUUGAAGAGAAAAAUCAAGAACUUCAGAGAGCUAGGCAAAGAGAGAAAAUGAAUGAGGAACACAACAAAAGAUUGUCCGAUACGGUUGACAGACUCCUGACUGAAUCCAAUGAACGUUUACAGCUACACUUAAAGGAAAGAAUGGCCUCUCUAGAAGAGAAGAAUGUUUUAAUUCAAGAAUCAGAAACUUUCAGAAAAAAUCUGGAAGAAUCUUUACAUGAUAAGGAAAGAUUAGCAGAAGAAAUUGAAAAGCUGAGAUCUGAACUUGACCAAAUGAAAAUGAGAACUGGCUCUUUAAUUGAACCCACAAUAUCAAGAACUCAUCUGGACACCUCAGCUGAGUUACGAUAUUCAGUUGGAUCCCUAGCAGAUAGCCAGCCCGACUACAGGACAACUAAAGUAAUAAGAAGACCACGGAGAGGUCGCAUGGGCGUGCGAAGAGAUGAACCGAAGGUAAAAUCUCUUGGUGAUCAUGAGUGGAAUAGAACUCAGCAAAUCGGAAUGCUUAGUAGCCACCAUUUUGAAAGUGACACAGAGAUGUCUGAUAUUGAUGAUGAUGAUAGAGAAACAAUUUUUAGCUCAAUGGAUCUUCUCUCUCCAAGUGGUCAUUCUGAUGCCCAGACUCUAGCCAUGAUGCUCCAGGAACAAUUGGAUGCCAUCAACAAAGAAAUCAGGUUAAUUCAGGAAGAAAAAGAAUCUACAGAGCUACGUGCUGAAGAAAUUGAGAAUAGAGUGGCUAGUGUGAGUCUGGAAGGUUUGAACUUGGCGAGGGUUCACCCAGGUACCUCCAUCACUGCCUCAGUGACAGCUUCCUCGCUGGCCAGUUCAUCGCCCCCUAGUGGACACUCAACGCCAAAGCUCACCCCGAGGAGUCCUGCCAGGGAAAUGGACCGGAUGGGAGUAAUGACAUUGCCAAGUGAUUUAAGGAAACAUCGUAGAAAGAUUGCAGUGGUGGAAGAAGAUGGUAGGGAGGAUAAAGCAACAAUUAAAUGUGAAACUUCUCCUCCCCCCACGCCUAGAGCCAUCAGGAUGACUCACACACUCCCUUCUUCCUACCACAAUGAAGCCCGAAGUAGCUUAGCUUCUUCCCUUGAACCAGACAGCCUGGGGCUUGGCAGUGCCAACAGCAGCCAAGACUCUCUUCACAAAGCCCCCAAGAAGAAAGGGAUAAAGUCUUCAAUAGGACGUCUGUUUGGUAAAAAAGAGAAAGCUCGACUCGGGCAGCUCCGAGGCUUUAUGGAGACUGAGGCUGCAGCUCAGGAGUCCCUGGGGUUAGGCAAACUUGGAACUCAAGCUGAGAAGGAUAGAAGACUAAAGAAAAACACAUCUGGGCAUGAACUCCUAGAAGAAGCUCGGAGGAAAGGAUUACCUUUUGCCCAGUGGGAUGGACCUACUGUGGUCGCCUGGCUAGAGCUAUGGCUUGGGAUGCCUGCUUGGUACGUGGCAGCCUGUAGAGCCAACGUGAAGAGCGGUGCCAUCAUGUCUGCAUUAUCGGACACUGAGAUCCAGAGAGAAAUUGGAAUCAGCAACCCUCUUCAUCGCUUAAAGCUCCGAUUAGCAAUCCAGGAGAUGGUGUCACUAACAAGUCCUUCAGCGCCUCCAACUUCCAGGACCCCUUCAGGCAACGUUUGGGUGACCCAUGAAGAAAUGGAAAAUCUCGCAGCUCCAGCAAAAACGAAAGAAUCUGAGGAAGGAAGCUGGGCCCAGACCCUGGCAUAUGGAGAUAUGAACCAUGAGUGGAUUGGAAAUGAAUGGCUUCCUAGCCUGGGGUUACCUCAAUACAGAAGUUAUUUUAUGGAGUGCUUGGUAGAUGCAAGAAUGUUAGAUCAUCUAACAAAAAAAGAUCUCCGUGUGCAUUUAAAAAUGGUGGAUAGCUUCCAUCGAACAAGUUUACAGUAUGGAAUUAUGUGCUUAAAAAGGUUAAAUUAUGACAGAAAAGAAUUAGAAAGAAGACGAGAAGCAAGUCAACAUGAAAUAAAAGAUGUGUUGGUGUGGAGCAAUGAUCGAGUUAUUCGUUGGAUACAAGCAAUUGGACUUCGAGAAUAUGCGAAUAAUAUUCUUGAGAGUGGUGUGCAUGGCUCCCUUAUAGCCCUGGAUGAGAACUUUGACUACAGCAGCUUAGCUUUAUUAUUGCAGAUUCCAACACAGAACACCCAGGCAAGGCAGAUUCUUGAAAGAGAAUACAAUAACCUCCUGGCUCUGGGAACUGAAAGGCGACUGGAUGAAAAUGAUGAUAAGAAUUUCAGGCGUGGAUCAACCUGGAGAAGGCAGUUUCCUCCUCGUGAAGUACACGGAAUCAGCAUGAUGCCUGGGUCUUCCGAAACAUUACCAGCUGGGUUCAGAUUAACCACCACAUCUGGACAGUCAAGGAAAAUGACACCAGAUGUUGCCUCAUCAAGACUGCAGAGGUUAGACAACUCCACUGUUCGCACAUACUCAUGCUGACAAGCCACUCAAAGGAGUCAGCACUGACUUGCUAUGUCGUCUUUACAGUCUACUCUACCUAAAGUGCACUAUCAUCUAAGAAGACGAACAGUGAAAAACCUUUGUGAAGACUGAAUUCUAAGGGGAAAAAAACAAGUAAUGGUUUACUAAGCUGAAAAUGGGAUUUUGGGGGGAGUCAGAUAUUACAUUUGAUUAGUUUACUACCAUUGUAAGAAAAUGCUUAAGUCCUUUGAAUAAGCAUCAUCCACAUCACAGAUUCUGUACAAUCGAUGCUUUUACGAAAUGGAGCCUCUUGUUUUCUCAUGUUUUAUUGUAAUAUACUAGGCAUUUAUGUAUUACUGUGUAUGUAUUUCUUUUUAAAUGUGUAAGUCUUAUGUAAAUGGAUAUAAAUAUGAUUUUUUAAAAAAUAAAAUAUAUGGUUCAUGGAGUCUCAAGUGCAAACAUUUGACAAUUCCAAGUACUGUUUGUAUUUUACCAUCUCACCAUUUUUACAGUUUUUGAAUCGUAGUAGUCAAAUUGAUAUGUUUCCUGGAAGCACGUUUCAUGCUUCUACAUGUUUCUCUUUCAAGUCUGUCAACACUUAAAGCUGAAAACCUGCCUCUGAUCAUGUAAAAAAGAAUGAUUUAACCUGGAACUGGAGCCAAAAAUAGACUUAAAAGGCAAUCAGGGAUGUCCUCUAUCUUCAGAAAUAGCACUGUGAUGGCUCAAUCUCCUUUUCAAUACAAAACACAGCCAAACUGUUUACAAGAGUCUAAAGCAAUUGUUUAAAAAAAAAAAAAGUUUAUAAAGAAAAAAAAAAAAAACAUUAUCUUCUCCUGUUACCUGUGGACCAAGAAAAAAAAAAAAAAACUUCAAACUUCUUUACUAAGAACACAUGUUCAUUCAGAUAUCUUGAACUGCCAGUCAGCCCUGUUUAGUGAACGGUUAACCACUGCAGAGUCUGAGGCUCAUUUCCGCUGGAAAAAAACAAAAUCCCAGAAACCCUUCCCUUUGUUGAUGUAAUGGGGCAUUAGCCAGACUCAUGUCUAAUGUUAUAAGCUUUUAGCCGAGAUGGCCUUGCUGUGACUUCCCUGAAGUCAGUCUUAUCAGAGGAAAUAAACGAAAGACAGAAUGAUUAACAUAUAUAGUGUAUAAAAGUAUAGAAGAGUAAUCUCUUCCCUGUGGCUUUUUUGGUGGUGUUACUGUUGUUUAUUCUUUGUUUAUAUGGGAGAUUUCAGAGUAAAACAUAUUUACUAAUACCAUUUACCUAACUGCUGAUUUUCUGCUGCUUGAUCUUAUUAAGCGCAAGACCUGUCAUUAGUAAUUUCUUUUUUGUAUUUAAUUUGCUAUGUUUGCACGUACAUUACAUUUGUUUUGAUGUCUAUUUUUGUUUAACAGAUUCAGUCAAAAGAUAAUGGUAACAGAAACCCUCUCCAUUGUCAAUAAAAAAAUACUUCCA